CUCAUGCGAUUAUUCUCCUCUCAUAAAAGAGCCGUCUGGGUUACAGUCAAAUAGGUUGUCAACCAGGCCCAGCAGGGUGGCCCAAGAUCGAUCCGCUCAAAUUCUAAUUUAUGACUGGAAAAUAAAGAUGAUGGCCGUGGGACCCAACUGUAACGAGGAAUCAGGAUCAAAUGUCUUCAAAGAAACAUGUUUCGUAUUCUUCUACCACGCUGAACGUUGAUCCUGGAAGUCCUUUGCUGUGAAUAUGGAGUAUCCUGCCUUGCCAAAGACAUCCAAUCUGAAAAGCAUCCCUAGGGGCAACGGAGAUUCCCAAAGUUCAUUAUCUCCUCUAUCGGACGCCACGUCAGACUGUGUGAGAGGAGAUUUUGUGGGUACGAGAGAAUUUGGGACCGGGAGCAUUCCGACAGACGGAUGAUAAGAACAGCUCAAUAAUAUAUUAGGAGUAACCAAGUCCGUGUUUGAAAUUUGAAAUCUGUGAUGAACUCUUGAUCUCUUUGUCGGUACACAGAUAUAUACCAGUCGAUGUCCAGUUGCUAUCUUGCUGGAAUCUCUCUGCACUCAGAGACUCAAAUCGACUCUUCUCCAGGCAAAAGCAGCAUACAUUAGUGAUUUAAUAAAGCUCCGAAUUUGUAGAAUGUGUGACCGGCCUGCUCUGAAAUGCAAAACGAACAUAAAAGAUUCGAUUCCUAACUGUCCGAAACCAAAACAAAAUCAUGACGCGAGAGUUAAGAUGGGUAACCAAGAUGAUUUCCGGGUAGAUAGGCGCUCACAGGAAAAUAAUCAAGUUGGAGAAGCUGGAAGCAUGAUGUUGUAUAAAAGAAACUUCUCCAAACGUUCUUCUAGGUUUCAACUGGAGCAGGAUGUUCAUAGGCUCCAACAAGUGUUGCAGGAUGAAAUGGAAUUGCAUGUCGUUCUUGAAAAUGCUUUAGAGCAUGCUGCUGUGACCCUAUCUGAUUUGACAUGCCUUCCAAAUGAGGUACAGGAAUUGCUGUCCAAUAUAGCAUCAGUAGAGAUGACUGUUUCCAGAUUAGAGGAAGAGAUGAUCUCUUUGCAUUUUAAGCUUAUUCAAGAAAGAAAUGAAAGAAGACUUGCGGAGUAUCAAUUAAAACAAUUGCCUACCCAGCCAUCAAAAAUCUGCCCUGCUAAAAAAGCAGAAAAUGAUACAGUAGGCAGCGUGCUUAAUCAAGAACAGAAGUUAUUAGAGGAAGACAUUUGUCACCAAGUACCAACUGACAGUUUCAGAAAACAGAUCCCCAUCAAAGGCCUGUGGAAGCAUCCCAAUCAGCUAUCUGAAGAAAUAGUUCGUUGUAUGAAAAAUAUAUUCAUCUCGUUAGCUGAUGUUUCUACGGUAUCAUCACGAAUGUCAUCCUCUGACAUUAUUUACAUUCCUUCAUCACCGGCGGAGAAUUUUUCAAAUUCAUCACAUUGCUCGAUGUCUGAACCAUCAAUUUCAUCAUGGGCCGAUAGUCCUCGAAUUGGUCUGCAAUAUAAUAAUGAAAUUUUAGCCACUGGAACCUCAUUUGAUCCAUACAGAGUUCAUGGAAAACUGUGUUGGGCUGAUAUUGGUAAUUAUAGUUUGGUGACUGAAGUCUCCUGGAUGUCAGUGGAGAAAAGGCAACUUGAAUAUGCUGCUGGUGCACUUAGACGGUUCAGAACACUGAUCGAGCAACUAGCAGAAGUAAACCCAGUCCAUCUUAACGGUGAUGAAAAAAUGGCGUUUUGGAUAAACUUAUACAACGCGCUCAUCAUGCAUGCUUAUCUUGCAUAUGGUGUUCCAAGGAGUGAUAUGAAAUUAUUUUCCCUGAUGCAGAAGGCAGCAUACACAGUUGGAGGCCAUUCAUUUAGUGCUUCUGCCAUUGAAUAUGGAAUACUGAAAAUGAAGCCACCCGUACACAGACCGCAAACAGCUAUAUUGCUUGCUCUUCACAAAAUAAAAUUAUCUGAAGAGCAGAAAAAGUUCUCAAUCGACACAUUUGAGCCACUUGUGGCAUUUGCUCUAAGUUGUGGGUCAUACUCUUCCCCAGCGGUGAAGAUCUAUAGUCCCACAAACGUGAAGGAAGAGCUUCAGGAGGCACAAAAAGACUAUGUACGAGCUUCAGUUGGAAUGAACCACAAGGGGAAAUUACUAGUGCCAAAAAUUCUCUACUUUUUUGCCAGAAGCCUUGUGGACGAUACCAACUUUGCAACUUGGGUCUCUCAAUUUCUUCCUCAACAACAAGCAAACUUUGUUCAGCAGUGCAUGUCGCAGCGACGACAAAGGAUCCUCGCUUCCCGGAAUUUUGGAGUCCUACCUUUUGACUCUCGGUUUCGCUAUCUUUUCUUGCCGGAGAAAUUAACAUAACAAUGUUGUCCAUGCCAAAGGCUACCUCCCUCCGACUCUCCCUCUUGUCAUUACCAUGACCUGCUGAGUGCUGCCAGAACGGAAAAUGCAGGUAGAAAGCAUGAAAUUGGAGCUCCAGAUUUAUGGGUACAUCUCUUCACAUUCAACUACAUAAAAUCAUCAGAUGUUUCCGCGUCUAAGGACAUUUAAACAAUUCUGGAUUAUUGUGCUGCUUGUGUUAUUAUUGGGCGAAAUGAUUAUCUUCAGCUUAUAGUAAGCCGUAAUUUAUUAAAAUGAGCAUUGUACUAAUUGGUAACGUAGUUUCUAAAGUUUUGCAAUAAGAUGAUUGGUUUCAA